CGUGUAUUCUAGAUUUCCAUUGGCGACGUAUAAAAUACACGAUCGCGUCGCGCUGCUUUUAGAUAUACGUGAUAGUUCAUCGUGGCGCCGUAUAUUUAAAAAUCGAAUUACGUUUAGUGUUGUAGUUAGUAGUGUUUUCAACAAAAAAGAAACUUGCUUUACUCUCUUAGUCUUGUUUAUUUUUUAUUAGAGAGAAAUAAACUAUACUUUUGGUACUGUGAAUUGUUUCCAAAUAAGAUGUCCGCGGUGGAUACAAUAAGGGAUAUACCGGUUAUUGUAGAGCAUAGGAAUAAAUGUGACAUAGAUCCUAUGACUGUAGAUCAGGAGUAUAUCGAUUCUGGUUUCCCUUUUGACAAUUCCCGACGUGGUAGGGACCCUCUUGAAGAUAUUGCCCAACGGCAUCCAGAAUUUGCCCAACAUUUACAAGGAUUUCCGAGAAGAGCCGCCCGUCCAGAGCAAGGUGAUAAUGACUUUUUAAGGCGAUUUGAGAGACCUUUUAGCAGCGGAAGAUUUGGAUUUCCUUUUGAUAGGGAAGAAUUUCAGCGUGAACCUCAACGAUUUUACGACGCUCAUCCAGAAUAUUUUGAAAAUUCUCAGUCGCCUAAUCAAUUUCAAGAAACUGCUUCACAGCCAACUCAGCAACAUUUUACUCCACCACCCAGUCAUACGCAGCGAAAUACAAAUCAAGAUUGUCAAGAGAGUCAACCGCAACAACACACACUUGUAACCCAGGGGACACAAACAGAAACUGAUUCAACAGAACCUGUUGAAACUGAAAAGCAGGUCCAGAAAGAUACAGGACACACUCGAGGACGUCCAAUCCAACAGAGUAAUACCGUUGACCUGGGUCAAAAACAACCCCUUGACGAGGCAGCUUAUGACAGAAAUCAAAGAUCUAUGUCGGCCCCUCCAGAAAAUAAGAGAUUUACAUCCUCUGUACAUGUACCAAUGGGUGGCCACCAAGGACAUGAAGAUGCAACUAAAGGUCAAUCGCAAGGCGUUAGCAGUGGAAGCACUGAAAGAGUUAUCCCCAUCCAUGUUGAAGGCCGGGACGACCCUAUAAUCCCGAGACGCUUUGCAUCGUCUACUGGUCAGCCGCAACCGGAAGUUAUCUUUGGUGGAUCUCCUCGUCCACAGCCUGAACGCAUUUUUAGUCCAAGAGCAGAUCCUGAGCAAUUCGGUCAUCACCGAGGAGGAAUCCAUUCAAGGUUUCCCAGUGAUUGGGCUCAGUCACCUUUCGACAGUUUUCCAGAUGAAGAUUUUGGCUUUCGUAGAAGCGAAAGUCCAAGUAGAUUUGCAAAUGCUAAACCUCACCAGCAACAAUUUCGACAGGAAAACGUGCCUCAAGCAGCAGAACAGCAUGAACCUCCUAAAACAGCAGAAGCGCCACAAGCGCCUCCUAAACAACAACCUCCCAAACAGCCGGCGGGUCCCAUUGAGCAGAUACAGGUGAUUCAGAAAGACGUUUCCAGCCUUUUAAAUCAAGUAGAAGCCUUUAAGGGGAUGCCUAAAGAUAAAAACUAUUUAUAUCUAGAUGAAAUGCUUACAAGAAAUCUACUUAAAUUAGACAAUAUUGAUACUCAAGGUCAAGACGCCAUAAGAAGUGCUAGAAAAGAAGCGAUAAAAUGUAUUGAAAGAGCAAUAAGUCUUUUGGAAUCCAAGGCAGCACAAAAUGCUGCACCCAAUCUAGAAAAAAUGGAUGUUGAUCAACAAUCCUCUCAGGGUGAUGAAAAAAUGGAUACUAACCAAAGUGCACAAACUGAAAAUAAUUCGCAGGAAUUAAAUAAUGUACAAUCUCAAAAUGUUAAUCAAUCCAUAGAUUCCAGUGAAACUACUGAAGUGGUAAAUAAAAGUCAGGACAUUACUAAAGAACCUGGUUUGAAACCCACUACAAAUGAACCGUCCAAUAUACAAGAAACAAUGGAUGUUGAAGGAAAUAGUAAGGUUAAACCUGACACUCAAAGUGUGGAAGGUGAAAAAAAUAACACAGAAUCCGGGAAACCAGACUGUGGAAGUGAAAAACAAGAAAAUAGCGUUAAUGACCAAACUGUCCAAGAUGAUAAGACUACUGAAGUGAAAGAUGAAACUAAAAAAGAAAAAAAGAAAAUCAAAAAGAAGGUAAACAAGGAAGAUAAGGAAAAGAAACAGUAAAGAUAUUUAUUAUAAUACAUUUGUGACUUUCAUGGCAAAGAUGAUGAAAUUUAUUAAAAUGAAAAUUUUACAUAUUGAAUCUAAAAACAGAAAGUAAUUAUUUUUUUUAAUCAAGAUUUGUACUUAUUAUAACAUUUUGAUGACUUUCAUCAACUUUCAAGAAUAUUAAAAUAUUUCAUUAGUAAUAAACACUAAAAAAAACAAAGAGUAAAAUUCAUUUGAUUUUAUAAGAUUUUUAGUAUUAUUACACUAAUUUAUUAUAAACUUACAUAAGUAAAAGCACAUUAAUUCCUGGAGUAAAAAAAACUGUAGUUUAUGCUAGCUUCAAAUAGUUUUGGCAAUAUCACUAAAGGCUAAUAGUUGUAAAAGCUACAAAAUUUAGUGAGACUGACUUUAACUUUUAUAUAAUUCAAUUUUGUAGAGUUAGAGUGAGUUUAAAAUGUUUUCACUUUCUUUUUAUAUAAAGCUCCAUAUGUUAUAUGUACAUAAAAAUAGUUUGGAUUUUCAUUUCACGGUGUGUAAUAAAAUUGAUUUUACAGUUCAAUUUUUAUUUGUAGAAUUUAUAAUAUAUAUGUUAAAUUCUAAAAAUGAAAAAUAUAUUUUUGUGCGACUGUGAUUGUUCCUGUAUCUACUAUUAAUAGUUUUUCCUUGUUGGCUCCGUCUUUCAUAUGAAAAGAAGUAAGUUCUACCGUUAAACAUUAGGUUAUCAAACGGAGCCAUAUUAACAAUUUGUUUUACUUGUGUGUUUAAUUUGUUGAUAUUAGUACAAUUGAAAUUGUAUAAGUAUUUCUGUACAAAUAGACGUAUUUAAAAUAAA